AUCACCAGUCAACAGCGGUGGCGGCCAGCUCAUAAGGGGAGAGGAUGCUGGACACGAGGGACCAAGGCCCGCUCUCCACUUAGGCCCCUCCAGCCGAUGCUGCCUGGGGGUCUCUGGCCCGCUGACCAGCCCGAGCCCCGGCAGGCCCUCCUCCCGAUCUGGGUUGCCGACUUCAUCUCCUGGCCAUAAAGAAGCCAAGAUCCUCCAGCCAGCAUGGACCCCGACAGCGACCAGCCCCUGAACAGCCUGGAUGUCAGCCCCCAGCGCAAACCCCGCACUCCCCUGGAGACCUUCAAAAAAGUGGGGGUCCCCAUCAUCGCAGCACUGCUCAGCCUGACAACCAUUGUCAUCAUGGCUGUCCUCAUCAAGGUGAUCCUGGACAAACACUACUUCUUCUGCGAGCAGACCCUCCACGUCAUCCCCAGGAGGCAGGUGUGUGACGGCCGGCAGGACUGUGCCUCGGGGGACGAUGAGCAUCAGUGCGUCAGGAACCUCCCGGAUGGGCCCCCCGUGCCCGUGCGUCUGUCCAGGGACAGGUCCACCCUUCAGGUGCUGAACCCGGCCACCAGGACCUGGGCCUCCGUCUGCUUCGACAGCUUCACGGAUGCUCUGGCCCAGACAGCCUGCGGGCAGAUGGGCUUUGACAGCAAACCCACCUUCCGAGCUGUGAAGACAGGUCCAGACCAAGUUCGAGAUGUCGUGCAAAUCACAGGCGACAGCCAGGAGCUUCAGGUGCAAAAUUCAAGCGGACCCUGUCCCUCAGGCUCCCUGGUUUCCCUGCACUGUCUGGCCUGUGGGGAGGGCCUGAAGGCCCCCCGGGUGGUGGGCGGGGAGGUGGCCUCCGGGGACUCCUGGCCUUGGCAGGUCAGCAUCCAGUACAACGACCAGCACAUCUGUGGAGGGAGCAUCCUGGACGCCCACUGGGUCCUCACGGCUGCCCACUGCUUCAGGAAGUACCUGCAUGUGCCCGGCUGGAAGGUGAGGGUCGGCUCACACAAACUGGGCCACUUCCCGUCCCUGCCUGUGGCCAAAAUCUUCGCCGCUGAGCACAACACCUCACACCCCAAAGACAAGGACAUCGCCCUGGUGAAGCUGCAGUACCCACUCACGUUCUCAGGCACAGUCAGGCCCAUCUGCCUGCCCUUCCCUGACGAGGAGCUCCCUCCCGCCACCCCACUCUGGGUCAUCGGAUGGGGCUUCACCGAGCAGGGCGGAGGGAAGAUGUCUGACGUGCUGCUGCAGGGGUCAGUCCAGGUCAUCAACAGGACUCGGUGCAACGCAGAGGACGCUUACCAGGGGGAGGUGACCCAGCAGAUGCUGUGCGCAGGCGUCCUGGAGGGCGGCGUGGACACCUGCCAGGGUGACAGCGGCGGGCCCCUAAUGUAUCACUCUGACCUGUGGCAAGUUGUGGGCAUCGUGAGCUGGGGCCACGGCUGUGGGGGCCCGAGUACCCCGGGAGUGUACACCAAAGUCACAGCCUAUCUCAACUGGAUCUACAGUGUCCGGAAGUCUGAGUCAUGAUGCCGCUGCCCGUCUGCAGUCCUGGGAUCUGCUCCCCCCGUCCGGCCCACCUGGGGAUCCCCCCGGAGCCAGACACAGAGCAAGGCUGUGGGCACAGGGCACCCCUCUGUGCCCAGAGCCUCAGCAUAUCUUGGUGCAGCAAAGGGCCUCCAUCCCUGUAAGAACCCGUAGCCUACGGGCUCCCGCAGAGAAGGCAACAGCAGCAGCCCUGCCUCCCUGGGGCUCCAGCAUCCCAGGGGAGCCACGCA